AUACAUUAACCCAAGAAGACGCAAAACAAAAUUUGAGUAAAAUGUUUUAUUUAAAUUGAAGACCACAAUUACAACUACAGUACAUUCUAGUCAGAGUCAGCGUUUCUCUCCACAAAUCCCAUUAGGUUUGAUCUAUAUAGUCAUUAGAUGCCCAGCGUGAGUAAUACAAGUACUGCUACAUUUAACUAAGUCACAACACAAAGUGUAGCAGGCAUAUAUGUUCCACAAAUUAAGUUAGCGCUCCCCCCCCCAGCUUGAAAAGACAUGAUUUUACUCUUAAAAGCAGAAAAAAUGUACAAAAGUAAGAAGUUCUUGAACAGGAAGGUGUCAGUGCAGACUUGACAUGCCAGUCUGCAGUGAAAAUUGACCUCUAUGCACUAUACGUUUUGCAAUUUGCACAAGUCAUGCUUUCUGCCCCCUUAUGUAUGACUUUCAUAACCCAGCUUUAACAUGGUGCCUUUUCUAUAGUGUGCACUAUGUGUAGCACUUUCCAAGUUAAUUUUGGCUGUUAAAGACCAAGCCCACUUUAAUUUUCUUAAAAUCAGUAAGUGCAUUUAAUACAUUGAUCACAACAGCAUUUACUAAUACCUAUCUUACCUACUAUAGCAUCUGUACAGUGAUAACUAGACUGAUCUCAGGGAGAGUUUUAUAUGCACAUUAGGACAAAGUAAUGCAGAGUGCAGUUUGUAUAUUACAAAGAUACCGCCAUUGAGAUUAUGCACCAUUUCUAGCUUUAAAGGGACACCCCAAGCACCACAACAAUUUAGUCAGAAUUAAGUUGAAGGUGACAAGAAGCCUCAGAAAGAAACAUAUUGGUGCUCUAUGGCACCUCUUUAAAAACAAUAGACUACAACUAAAAGUUAGUGGGCAGAGUUAACCAGUACUUAACUGAUUACUCGGAGAUUAAACAGUGUGUUAGUUUAACCCAUAAAGGUAAACUAGCACAAGGGACCCCGGGGCACCAGAAUUCCAUAUUAGUAAGAGUUAUGGUGCUCAGUUUUCCUUUAGCCACGAAAUUGCAAAAGUGAGGAAAAAAAAAAUAAAAAAUUAAAAAGCAUACAUAUACAAUUCAUCUUCCAAAACCUGCAGAUAGCCUUGUGGUCCGAUUCAGGCCUGUUGGUCCUUUCACAUGGCAGGAGGAUAGAAUUCUGGGGAUCCAAACCUGAAAAUAGAUAAAUAAAAAUAAAAAAGUUAAAUAAGGAACAUGCCCAUCGAGCGCUACAGAUCACACAUGAUAGCUUGUCCCAGCGAUUGAGGAUAGAACCAGCUCACAGACAGAGCUGGCACCGAAGACAUAGCACCGGGGACUAUGAUCUACCUCCGUACAUUACACUCAGGGGUACAGAGAACGCCCUGAGUGCCAAGAAAUAGAGGCACCAAAAUAACAACAACAACUACUAGCAUCCCUACUGCUUAUAAACAUAUCCAACCCAUGUUAGAUAAUCAAUGUAACGAGCCACCCCCUCACAGAACCACACCGACUGACCUUGCAGCGAACACAGAGACCGUGUAACGUGGGGGCACAGCCUUAUAUAGCCCUACUCCGACCAACGAGACUAAGUUCAGGAAAGAGCGUCCACUUCCGGGCAGCCGACCAAUCAAGAGUAAACUCCAUUAUUUUUUUAUUUCUUUGCCGUAGCGAGAUGCAAGAAGGAGGCUUGGAACGCAAAGUGAGCCGGAAGUUUAGUUAUAUAGCAGUGUACAUGUGAAUUCAGCAUGGCUCCUGGAGGAAAGAUUAAUCGUCCUAAAACAGUAAGUGAACGGGGUGUUUGGGAGACAGACUGAGAUUGAUUAAUUACUGAAAUCAUAUUUUAAAAAGUUAUUUAUUUUAAUGUACACACGUGUUUUAGCCUUUUCAGUCAGUCACUCUCUAUAUCCUAACUACACUGGCAAUCACACAUCAACCACUUUUAUUGACACAAGGCAAUCUAGCCACAUAUACUCACACCAAAUAAAGCAUUUGUCAAUUAUACAUUCUGCUUUAUAGACAUCAAUGUAUAGUGAGAUACUUGCAUUCAUGCACUGACCCCUUUAUAUACAUAGAUCCAUUAGUACAGGCAAAAAUUACAUUAACGCAUCUAAAUAUAAAUACACACGUAGACACACUGGCAUUCAUGUUUAGAUGCAUACAUUUGCUGGUUUAAAGCAGGUUUGUCACUUCUUUGUUGGUGAUAAUUCUGCAUUCCCUCACCCCAACUUGGGUGAUGUAUGCUACAGAGGUUAAUGAAAAUAAAAAUAAAUAACGCUCAAAACUGAAUUACUUGUAGCAUACUCUAGUAAGGUUUAACUGAUAAAAUGUAGUUUAAGAGGCUCUUUACCUCUCAAUAAACUUCACCAUAGCAACUUCCUUGAGUAGCCUGAUCUCUUUUGUUGUCUUCAAUGUGAUCUGACUGAUGCAAAAACAAGAUAUCACCUUUCACGUUUCUUUGCUAUGUCUUCUAAACUAAUAGUUUCAAUUGUUUGGGAAACUUUGUGAUUGAGACAAGUGUUAUUUGUAUUUUCUCCGCAGGACUUGCACAAGAACUUAUUUAAGCGCCGCCGUGUUUUACAGCGUGAGAAACGCAAAAACCGCAAAGUGAUUGGAGCUGUAGUGGACAAAGAAUUAAUAACUGCUAAUCACCUCCGAAAGAGAUCGUAAGUUUUAAGAAUUCCAAGAAGUUCUGUCAUGAUUGCUUCUCUCACUAAUCCCACUGGGGCUUUUGUCUUUAGUUGACACCACUUGCCAUUUUAGAUCACCUUGCAUUCUUUACACAUAGGACUACCACAUCUUAUUUGUACUUGGCACACUCAUAAUAAUGCGUACUCCUGAGAUACAAUUGGUAAAAUGCAGACUGAAAUAUUACAUUUCAAUUUUACCAAACAAACCUUUGAAGUAUGCAUAAUUUAUUACUUUUUCCUAAAGUGGUUACAGGGUAACCUUAUUUAAACCACUUUACAGUUACGUGUAUAAUUAUUAUUCUCAUAAAGCCAAUAUCUUUUUCAGCACCUUGCAAUUCUAUAAUAUUUAACAACAUAUAAUAUAUUAACAAUAGAUAAUUGAUUUACACACAACAAAAAGUAACUCUGACGCAAAGUGUUAUUGCUGAUGUCCAGAAAUUUUGGUUCUAUUUAUCCCUGGAUUAAAGUUUUGGUGUCACCAGCGCACCAGCAAUACCACUUUGCGCCAGAGUUACUUUUUCAUUGUGUGUGGAUUCUAUAUUAUGAGCACUAAGUUGGGCAAACAGAUUGUUAAAUAUUGACAGAGACAAGAGAUAAAGAAGGCCAGGCUCAAACGAGCUUAUAAUCUAUGAGGAAGGAGUAUAGAUAAACAAAAUGAAUGACAGCAUGUCAGAGGGGACGAUGUAUUGAUUGAUAAGAUGGUUUCAAAAUAAAAGUAGUAAAAGUGGUGUGUAGAAGAACUGGAUUGUGGAAUUAGAGAGAGAGCUGGAAAGGAGCUUUAGGGAGGCAAGGGAACUGAGGGAAAAUGUAAUGACAGAAACAAAAGACAAAACCCCAUGUCAUUAAUCUCUGAAAGGAACACCUCAAGCAAUACAACUACAGUGCCUUUUCUACUCCUUCGCAUUUGGGAAGUAGAUGGACUUUAGUGGCAAGAUGAUCUGACAAUCAGUUCAUCUCGCUGCUCUUGAAUGCACACACCACUCAAAUGUGCUGUUUAGUGUUUACUGGUCCAACAAUGCAUUUGAUUGGACCAUGGAUUGGGUAUUGAUGUUGCCAUGUGACACUGGAGAAGGCAGGGAAAUGAUCGUGGAGAGCUUGGCCGGCACUGGAUUUAAGGUAAGUUUUAGCGAUGCUUUAAAGAGUUCUUGUUUGGUUGUUUUUUGGGGUUUUUUUAGGGUUUUUUUUGGUGGGGGUUGGGUGAGAAUGUGCCCAGUAGGGUAUUCCCAAGUAAUUAAAGUUUAAAAAAAAAAGAAAUUAUAAUUUGUAGUUAACCCUUUCUUUUCAUGGAAUUACUUAUUUAGUCAUGUAGGCCAUGGUUGGUUCAGGGUUAAUAAUCCUAAAGCUUUCCUUAGAUCUUGUGAUCUCAUUUCUUGUUAGUUCUUAAUUCUCCUGCUCUUUUCCUUAAUACAGUCGGGGUUUUUUGUGUUUUUUAUUUUUUAAAGUUAUUUAUAUAAUCGGUUUUGUUUUUUCUGUUUAAAAACCAGCUCCAGUGCAAGAGCCAACAUCACUCUUUCUGGCAAGAAGAAGAGAAAACUUAUCAAACAGUUACAGCAUCACCAGAAAGAAAAAGAGAAGAUGGAUGGUAAGAUACUUUGUUUGUUUUUUCACUGUUUUUUCUUGGUCUCACUGUUCCCCGUAAGGUAUCUGCACUCAUACCUAUUUUGCCUGGAAUGCACAUAACAAAAUUAUGUGCACACACAGGCUAUGGCCACAGAUAAUGAUGAUCAUAAUAAUAACAAAGUAUUUAACCAGCAAAGGUGCAUUUAGAUUACUCUGGUUUUCAAGUACGUCCUGGGAUGUUACCUUAGCCCAACAUCCAGGGGUUUUUACUAUUACUCAAUUUCACCCCCUAGUGACCAGACCGUGUUUCAAUUUUCUUACUGUUUGGGACAAGGACGGUUUUAACAUUUCUGCGGCGUUUGUGUUUAGCUGUAAUUUUCCUCUUACUCAUUUACUGUACCCACACAUAUUAUAUACAGUUUUCUCGCAAUUAAAUGUUCUUUAUAACGAUACCAUUUUUCAUCAUAACUUAUCAUUUACUAUAAAAACAAAAAACACCCGUGCUAAAUAGUUUAAAAAUUUUGUCCUGAGUUUAGAAAUACCCAAUGUUAACAUGUUCUUUUUGGAAAGUAAUAAGCAAUAAGUACAAGUAGCACUUUGCUAUUUCCAAACCAUUUAUUUAUUAAUUUAUUUAAAAAUUAACAAAAGUUACAUUGUAACACUAAUAUCUGUCAUGAAUCACUGAAAAACCCUUCACAUGUAUAUAUUUUUUAAAAGCAGACAACCAAAGGUAUUAAACUUAGGGUAUUUUGACUCUUUUCAUGCAACCAUUUUACUACCAAUCUAUGCCAAAUUUGAAUAUAAAAAUAAUAAUUUGUGAUUUUUAUUCUUUUAUUUUUAUUUUUUUGACACACAUGGCAAUUUAAGAAUACAUGUACUGAGAACUUUAAGGGUUACUGCCAAAGAACACCCCAAUAUGUAUUCAGCAACAUCUUCGGAGUACAGUGAUAUCCCCCAUGUAUAGGUGUGUGGGGUUCUCUGGGGGCUAAAAGACCUUAUUUGGAGGGUGCGCAUUCCAGUUUUCCAACUUGGAAUUUUCACAGCUGGUCAUCAUGCACCCAUGUCCCAUUUGGGACAUUUUUGAAGCCGGCCAAUGUAAUUUACCCCCAUCAAACCAUAUAUUUUUGAAAAGUAGACACCCUAGGGUAUUUCAAAUGGUGGUAUUUUAACACUUUCCACACACUAAUUCCAUGCACUACCUUUGGGUAGUCAUUUUGUUGUUAUUUUUCUCUCACAUUGUACUUUAGGCAUGGAUUCUUAGUUCCUGUUAUGUUACUGACAAAGAUCACCCCAAUAUCGGAAGCAAUAUCUUCUGAGUACAACAGUGCCCCCAAUGUACAGGUUUUAUAGGUUUUUGCAAACUUACAGGGGUCAAAUGUAGGGCUUUUCCCUGUUUGCGCAUUGAAAUUUGCCAGAUUGGUUUGCUGGGCCUAUGUUGCCUUUGAGACUGUAUAGCAGCCCAGGAAUGAAAAUUAACCCCAUCAUGGCAUAUCAUUUGUAAAAGUAGACAACCCACAGGAUUUAAAAUGGGUUAUGUCCUGUCUUUUUCCAGUAGCCACGUAGCCACAAAUGCUGGCCAAAGUUAGCGUUUUUAUUAGUUUUUUUGCAUUUUUUUUUUUUUUACACAAAAACUGCACUUUUACUGGUGAUUUCAUCAUCGUGAUAAGUUUUACUGAUUUAUAACACUCAUAUUUGUGUUCAGUGAAGUCUCCCGAGUAUAACAAUACCGCCCAUGUACAGGUUUUAUGGUGGUUUUGAAAGUUACAGGGUAAAUAUAGGGCUUGCUAGGUCUGUGUUGCAUUUUGAGACCAUAUGGUAGCCCAGGAAUGUGAAAUAACCCAUCAUGGCAUGCCAUUUUGAAAUGUAGACAACGCAGGCUAUUUAAAAUGGGGUAUGUCCAGUCUUUUGUCGUAGCAACUUAGUCACAAACGCUGUCCAAAGUUAGUGUUUUUAUAUAUAAAAAAAUAAUUUUUAAAUUUAUAUUUUUAUAUAUAUAUAUAUAUAUAUAUAUAUAUAUAUAUAUACACACCCUUUUAUUUCCUGUAUAUGUAUAAUAUAAUGAAAUCAUAUAUAUAUAUAUAUAUCCAAAAGUACAAGAUAGCACUCCAGGGACUUCCAAGUUGAAUGAAUAAAACUUAGCUUUUAUUAGCUCAAAAUAAAAAUCAACGUUUCAGUCUGUAUCACAGACUUUCAUCCUGAUGAAAGUCUGUGAUACAGACUGAAACGUUGAUUUUUAUUUUGAGCUAAUAAAAGCUAAGUUUUAUUCAUUCAACUUGGAAGUCCCUGGAGUGCUAUCUUGUACUUUUGGCUGUAUCUGUUUGCUGAUAAGCACCGGGCAAGUACAUCAAGGAAGGUGGAGUGCAUUACUAUUUUUGUUUUAUAUAUAUAUAUAUAUAUAUAUAUAUAUAUAUAUAUAUAUAUAUAUAUAUAUAUAUGUGUAUAAUAUAUUAUAAAAUGCUUUUACUUAUUUUGUAAUAUAUAAUAUAUGUGUAACUUUUUUUUAUAUAUUUUUUUUAAACUUUUUAGCAGUCUGGGAGCCUGCCUGACAGGCUCAGACAGUCCCCCUGCUGGCAGCACCUAAAGUCCUAUUGCGGCAAUGUGAUCAUGGUCACAUGACCCUGGGUGGCCGAUGCUGGUGCAGGGGGACUGCAGGGGUUUCUUUUCUAGAUACUGUCGCGUUUGUGUCUGUAUAUCUGUACGGGCGUUUACCCUGUGUCCUACAUUUUAGGGAAAGUGCAUCAAGUCCUGCUAUAGUCAAUUAAAGUAGAUAACUGCUGUGUUUUUCUAUUGUCAAUAUCUGCAUUCACAAUAUCCUUUGUUUCCCUUCAGUGGUGCCAGUGUCUCGACCUAAGGUAUCAUCCAAUGCAAUGGAGAUUCAGUCAAGCAGCAUUGCUAUCACCAAGAAAAAGAAGUCAAAGAAAUCACCAAAAGAUAUUGAAAUGGAAGAAGUUGAGAACAAAGUUGAUCCACUUCUGCAGGGGUCACAAUGAUACCACUAGUUUUUUUUUUUUAGUUUUUUUCCCCCAUCUCCUUUCAACAACUUCACAAACGUUUAUUAUUAUAUAUGAAAGUCCGCAUUGAACACACUGUUGGGUCACAAACCUAGUCUCUACCAAACCUUCUGAAGUGCACUUGUUCCUCAGACUUCGUAUGGUAUAAAGUGGUUAAUUAAAAAAAAAAAAAAAGUAUUUGCUUGUAUUUUUUUGUGUGAACUUUGGCCUCUAGAUAAUGGUUCUCUCUGUAGAGAAGAGCCAUGUUACCUAGAGUGGAUGAUUUUUGUUUAUAACUCUGUGAAAAAGAGCUGUUCGAGUCUCAGGAAGAGGAGAUUUUUCGUUGACUUUUAUUAAAAACAAGUGAACUCAGAGCGGGUCGUCUCUGAUCGAUUUAUGCAUUUAAUUGGACUGUAAAAUAAAAAAACUUCUCUCCUGUUUAAUCCUUUAACCAAUAUUAAAUCUGUAGUCUAGAUUACAUAUGUACAAAAAGAUGUAAUGUAAACAGGAAGUUUUUCUUUUGUUUAUUUCAAUAAAAUCUUUCUUCAAA